UUGUAACCCAAUUUAUGUUUUACUGUAAGCUUUAAUAAUAGAACAUACGUUACAACAGCCUGGAUAUUUUUGAACAGUACUUUUGUAUAUGAAAGUACGCAAUAAAAUAAUUAUUAGUUUCACGUAAUUUAAUGCUGAAAAACGCGGGUUCAAAAUGUGUUUGUAUAACAUUUUUAAGAAAAGAGAUCUUUGAAGUUAAUAGAAGUUAUUCGAAUUAUAUAACCUAUAACAAUGGGUUAUUUAAAUCUAAACGAACCGAUGAUGAAACUCAUAAAAAAUACAACGCCAAAUCCAAUGUUUCAUUUCAAACAGCAAUAUUACCAUCGCAAUCACAAAUUGUUAUUGCGGGUGCAGGAACAGUCGCUAAUUCGGUUGCUUAUCAUCUUGUUAUCAAUGGAUGGAAUGAUGUACUUGUCUUGGAACAAAAUAGAAUUGGUAGUGGAACAUCUUAUUUUGGUUCUGGCACCCUUGGUUUGUUUAAACCAAUAUCACAUAGAAACUUAAUCUCUUAUAGCAUCAAGUUAUAUCAACAAUUACAAGAAAUGGGAUAUGAUAUAGGAUUAAAACAAUGUGGUAGCAUAUACCUAGCUCAAACUAAAGACAGAAUGAUCGCUUUAAAGAGAAGAAUGGCUUAUAAUGUGCCUACAGGCUUGCACUGCGAAACUCUGAAGAUAGAUCAACUAAAGCAAUUACACCCAUAUUUGCAUAUCCAAGACAUUGAAGGUGCUGUUUGGGUGCCUGAAGAUGCAGUAGCAAAUCCUAGUGCAAUCUGUGAGGCUCUAGCCAAGCUAGCAAGAAUUGGAGGAGCUAAGUAUAUUGAAAAUUGUCGUGUAGAGUCUGUACACACUGAAAAUGGAGCUGUAAAGAGUGUAAAAACAGAGCAUGGUGUAGUUCAUUGCAAAUAUUUUGUUAACUGUGCAGGAAUGUGGGCACGUGAAUUGGGAUUAAGAUGCAAUCCACCUGUUAGAAUUCCAGCAUAUCCCGCAGACCAUUUUUAUGCACUUGCUUCUCCUUUCUCAUCUUAUCCAAAUAUAACUUUACCGUGUGUACGAGAUUAUGAUUCUUACUCGUAUUUGCGAGAAUGGCAAGGAGAAUUAUUAAUUGGCUGGUUUGAACCAAACUCAAAACCGUCGUUCGAAAAUACUCCUAUUCCUACAGAAAAUUGGAAAAACUAUCUUACAGUUGACUCGUCACGUUGGAUGCCAUUAUGGGAUAAAGUGGUACAUAGAUUACCAAUUUUAAAAGGUAUAAAACCAAAUGUUUAUAACUGUCCUGAUAACUUUACACCUGACGGAAGAUGGAUAUUAGGAGAAAGUCCGGAAGUAAAGAAUUAUUUUGUCGCCGUUGGCAUGAAUGGAAAUUUAUUACAAGGAGCUGGAGGAAUAGGCAAAGAAGUUGCUGAAUGUUUAAUUAAUGGAGAAUCUACACAAGAGCUACUUCCCUUUAACGUACAGAGGUUUCUAGAUUUGCAUAGUAGUAAACAAUAUUUGCAGCAAAGAACAAAGGAAGUUGUUGGCAGAAACUAUGCAAUUUUAUAUCCUCAUCAAUGCGAAUACAAAUAUGCUCGGAAAUUGCGUUGCUCCCCUUUAUAUUCCGUUCUCGAGGAAAGAGGUGCCAUUUUUGGCGUAAAAAUGGCUUAUGAACGGCCACUUUAUUUUGAUUCAACUUACCAAAGAGGACAAAAGAAACCAGUCAUGCCACCGGGUAGUUUUUAUAAACCUAAAUUCUUUGAUUUUAUGGAAGAAGAAUUUUUAGCAUGCAAAGAAGGAGUAGGAAUAAUUGAUAUGAGCUCGUUUUCAAAAAUUGAAAUUAGGUCUAGCCGUUGGGAAGUGGUAGAAUAUCUUCAGCAAUUAUGUUCCAAUGAUGCGAAUAUACCAGUUGGUGGCAUAGUGCAUACAGGAAUGCAAAAUCAAAGAGGAGGAUAUGAAAACGAUUGUAUUUUAGUAAGACUGACAGAAAAUAGUUAUUUUAUGGUUUCACCUACAUCGCAACAAACGCGUAUUUACCAGUGGAUGUCAAGACAUUUACCAGCUGAUCAUUCAGUAGGUCUGAAUGAUGUAACUUCAAAAUAUACAGUCAUUAACUUAGUAGGACCUAAAGCAACAGGAUUACUCUCAGAGCUGUCAAACUCUGACAUUAAUCUUUCUCCUUUUACUUACAAGACUGUAAAUGUGGCAUAUGCUUCUGAUGUAAUGGUAAUGUCGUUCACACAUACCGGUGAAUCUGGUUACUGCUUAUAUAUACCCUCAGAAUACGCACUUCACGUAUACUCGAAAUUAAUGGAAGUAGGUAAAGAUUAUGGAGCUCGAGAUGUAGGUGUACUCACACAACGUUUCAUGCGAAUAGAAAGAUUCAUCCCGUUUUGGGCCGAAGAACUGACACCGUUUGUGACUCCGUACGAAGCUGGAAGCGGAUACAGCGUAAAAUUAGAUAAAGAAUAUUUCAUUGGCAAGUUUGCUUUACAACAUCAAAAAGAACAAGGUGUAUCGAAAAGAUUAGUAUUAUUUGUAGUUAAUGAAUUAGACAUUAAUAAAAAUAUUUGGCCAUGGGGUAGUGAACCGAUUUAUCGAAAUAAUGAAUUUGUAGGCACUGUUACAUCAGCAGGAUAUGGUUUUGCUACGAAAAAGCAUAUCUGCAUUGGAUUCAUCAGUUGUCCUGAAUCAAACUACGUACAAACUAAUACAGAUGUAGUUACAACAGACUUCAUAAUGGAACCUACAGCUCGUUACGAAAUUGAUAUUGCUGGAACCAGAUUUCCUGCUAAACCGCACAUUCAUCCUUUACCAAUACCGGCGUGGAGUGGUAAAAUUAAUAAAAAAUAUAUCCCCACACCUGCUAUUGUAUAUGAGAGCGACGUAUAUCGCUAAUUUUUUUUAUAUCUUAUUUUAUUAAUCAGUAUAUUUGCAACUUAAACAAACAGUAAACUUUUACUUUUUGAAAGACUGUUUCUUUCCCAGUUUUGAAUAUAGGUUUUAAAAAAUAUUUCUUCCAAAGUAAGUAUAUACUUUUGUAGCGUUAAGUAAAAACACAAAUGCGCUUUUAAUUGAAAAUUUGAAUAUUUAUGUGAUACUUUUUGGUGUGUAUUUAUUAUCUAUCUUUCAUGUAAAAAUAAAUAUUUAUAGUACUGCUAAUAAUCAUGAUA